AUGGCAGAGCCAUCGGAAUCUCCUCACCGCUCGCUGUACAAAGCAGUGGGUUCUCCGCCUUGGAAAGAGGCUUUCAGGCAGGGAUGCCUGGAAAGAAUGAAAAACAGCCGCGACAGGCUCCUGAACAAGUACCGCCAGGUUGGAGGCAAUAUGCCAGGAGGAGCUCAGAACACCCUUCUAGUGCAAGAGGUGAUGCAAGAGGAGUGGAAUGCUUUGCAGUUAGUGGACAGCUGUCCGGAGGUCUUGGCUCAGGUGGAGGAGCCAAUGGACCUGGCUGUGCUGGAAGAAAUCCAACAGGAACUGAUUGACCAAGAACAGUCCAUCAUCAGUGAGUAUGAGAAGAGCUUGCAGUUUGAUGAACAGUGUCUCAGCAUCAUGCUGGCUGAGUGGGAAGCAAACCCCCUCAUCUGUCCUGUGUGCACAAAGUACAACCUGAGAAUAACAAGCAGUGUGGUCGUGUGUCAGUGUGGCUUGUACAUCCCAUCUCACUCUCCAGAGUUGACAGAGCAGAAGCUUCGUUCCUUCUUAGAAGAUCACAUACAUGAGCACAGUGUACACUGUCCCCACACACCUGAAUUUUCAGUCACUGAAGGAACAGAAGAGAAGCCCAAUCUUCUCAUGAGUUGUCUGGCUUGCGAUACUUGGGCUAUCAUCCUCUAGAGCCGGCCUUGAUGCAACAUCAUUUUACUGAGUUGGAAACAACUCACUCCAUCUGUAAUGGCCUUGUAUAUACAAAUCUUUUAUUUAUAACUUAUUUUGUAUUAAAGCUUU